UAAUAUUAGUAAAUUUUAGCAAUAAUUUUGUAGUUUUUCAUCUUGUGUUCACUUUAGUUAUAUAAAAUUGUUUAAUGUUUGUAUUAAUUAUUUUUAAAGGAUGUUUGCUACUAUUUUAUAUCAUCAUCAUCUUACCAAUCAAAAAUAUGAGUACAAAAAAACACAAUCUUUAGCCGUUAAUUUUUUUUAUUUUUAAAAAAAGUUUUUAUUAAACAUAUAUAAUUAUGAAUUUUAGUUUAUAAAAUUUUAGUUAAAUAGAAAUAUGUUGUUAACUGGUGUCACUACGAACUCCGAUAAAAAGAAAUUCAUAUAAAAUGUAAUUAGAUUUUUGAUGAAGAAAGGAUUGAUUUCAUAGGUUUUGUAGAUUUAUCUUUUAUGUUAUUUUACAAUAUUAAUAAAAAUUUAUUAUAAUAUUAUGAUGAUGAUAGUUUUACAUUUGUGGUUUGGUGAUAGUAUCAUUGUAGAUUUUGUUAAUAGGUGUCACUAUAAACUCUAAUAAAAGGAAAUUCAUAUAAAUGCAAUUAGAUUUUUGAUGAAGAAGGGAUUGAUUUCAUAGUUUGAAGAUUUAUCUUUUAUGUUAUUUACGGUAUUAAUAAAAUUUUAUUAUAUUAUUAUGAUGAUGAUUCUUUUACAUGUGUGGUUUGGUGAUAGAAUAAAUGAACAAUUUUGUAAGUAUCAAACAAUUAUCUAUGCUAAGUUGUAAUAAAUAAAGUAAAUUAUAUAUUCUGCUUAAUUUAAUAUUUGAAAUUAAUUAAAUAAAUUAGAUUAAAAUUUAAAAUUAGAUUAAAAUUUAAAAUUAUGUUAAAAUUUAAAUUACUUGGAUAUAUAUCUAGUUCUCUAUUAAAAAAAUAUUUUGGUUAAAACAUAAUUGGUAGAUAUAUUGGAUAUUUAAUAUUAUUUGUAAUCCCCUACUAUACUAAAAGAUAAAAAUUUAUAAUAAAUAUGUUCACGCUAAUUGACACGUAGCAGCCUCACAGUCAUUUAAAAAUUAGAAUCAUGACGUGACAGUCUUACAAUUAUUUAAAAAUUUAUGUGUUCAUACACUAAUUUUUUUAACUCUAGCGCAUACCAUUUAAUGUGUUCAUACACUAAUUUUUUAAUUAACUAAUUUUCAGUUUCUGCAUUUUUAACAUUUGUAUUAGUAAAUUGAAGUUUUCCCCGUGCAACUACUAAAUAAUAUCAUUGUUGAAAGAAAGAAAUUACAAAAUCAUUAAGAUUCACAUCAAUUACAAUGUUGGAAUAAAAAUGUUUCUAGAAAUUGAAAAUUUUGCACCUUGCAAAAUUUGGCCAUGGUUGAGGCUUCGGUAUACGAAAGCAAAAAAUAAUUGUGAUUGGUUAUGAAUUGAAAAAAACUGAGAAAAACACGACACACAAAGUCGGAUCUUUAGUUUAGCCAAGUAAUGCUUUUUACUGAGUUUUCAUAUCAAACUAAAAAUUAAAAAUAAUCAUAUUGGUAGGAAAAAAAUUAGAAAUCAAAAAGCUUUAAAAGAAAAGAAGAUCAUUCGCGAAAUCAAUUGAAAAAACAUAAUUCAAAUUAAAUGCCAAUUAAAGAGAUCAUAUUAUUUUUGAUGCAACCCUAGCUCCUUCCGUUCAAUUAUAUCUUGAUUUUAAUAUAUUUACCAAGAAUUGUUUUAUAAAAAAGUACAGGCUAUUGGUUGUAGAAUAUGUCAAUUUUACAACAUGUCCAGCAAUAUUGACACGACGGACGCCCAACAAUAUUAUAUAUUCAGAACUAUGAAAUUAUCUAAAAAUUAUCAAAGUAGUCACAAAUAAAUAUCUAGCAAUAACAAAAAGAAUGUUCAAAAUACUGAAAAUAUCUAUUUGUUCUCCAUCCAAAAUUUAAGUUGAUUUAAUUUUAUGUAAAUUUAAGUAUUUAAUCUUACAUUAUUUAAAUAUUUAUGCUUUAUAUUAUUUUUAUUUUUCAGAUUUUGAGGAAAUGAAUCCAAAAGGAUUUGUGAAUGUUCAUUCCUAAAAAACACUAUACAACAAAUCUCUUAGAACAAUGUAAAACAAAUAAUAUAAUCAAUUAUUUCACUCCACGCACGACACGAAUCCCUAGUAUAUAAUAUUUCUUAAAAAUAAUAUAUUUUUAUAGUCCAAGUAUAGUUAUAAAUAUUGAGUAGCAACUAUUUGCUUGACUUAGCAUUUAAGUAUAUGUUUCUUAUCAUGAAUUGCAGCAAAACAUUAAGCAAAUUUGUCUUUUUCCUUUGAACUUUUAUUAUUUUAAUAAUAUUUGUUUUGAAUUCAAUGCUAAGUGUCAACUUAACUCCAAAAGAAUCAUGUCAGAAUAGAGUGGAAAUUACGUGUAAUAGUCAAAACAUCAAAUAAAACAGUAACAAAACCAACUCAGAAAAUGUUUACUUGCAAUUUAUUUGUAACCGCUACUUAAAACUACCACAAAGCAUAAAAUCUAUGGUUAGAUAAGAUAACUAAAUAAUUGCAUUCAUUGGCUCAAAAUAACAUUUUACUUAAAUGCCACUUUCAUACGUGUGUAAAACGAGUAGAGUGUCCUUAUAUCUACCAGUCAGUUUCACAUUCUUCUCCAUCACAAACCAGUCAUGUCAUCUCCAACACUAGACCAACUACACACUUACCAUGCCCAAGAAAGGGUGAUAUUCUCUAAACUGGUCCUACAAUUUUCAAGAUCACCAUCUGAAUCACUCCUUGUCAUGGCUACAUGGUUUUGGCUUGAAAACUUUGGUUUUGAAGACAUUUUUGCAACCAUAUUUGCUCUUCCAGAUCGACUCAUUGCAUCUUUUGCUAACGAAGCUGUCUCCUGCUUCCGAUGCAUCGAGUACUCUGAUCCCCCAAAUGGCUUCGACCAAAUCCCUCUCACUUCACAAUAUUUGCAAAAUCACAUCUCACUUUCCAUGAUUUACAAACAUCGAUACACCGCCAUUGCUGGUAUCAAAACCUUUCUAAACACCAUUUGUUCUAGAAUCUUUUCAGACAUCCUUGCACAAGUUCUUCCAUAUUCUUCACCACCAUAUUUCGUCCCCGGAUUCCACCCAUCUCUGAUCAUACCUGGCUUCCCGCAUCCAACUUUCGGAAACAUCAAUGUCAUGCGACCUAAUCUAGUUGAUGGCGUUAACACCUUCAACAACAACAACUCAUUCCUCUUCCCAAAGGGUCUUUGGGAGUGGAACGAUCACUCCAUGGAAAGUGAGAAUGAUCGAACCAUGUUUAUAACGUUUUCUCGUGGCUUUCAUGUGUCGCAGGCCGAAGUUAAGGAGCUUUUCACCAACAUAUUUGGAGAAAAGUGUGUGGUAGGUGUUUACAUGCGAGAAGACUGCGUAAGUUCACCUAACAUAGUUGCGUGUAACAAUGAUCAGCAACAAUCACUAUUUGCUAAGUUGGUUUUGGACUCGGUGGUUACGGUGGAUCGUAUACUAGAAGGUGAGAAGCUCCAAAAGUUUCGGAUCAAUGGUAAACACAUAUGGGCUCGUAAAUACAACGAGAAGAAGGACAGGCGUACUUGAUUCACCUAAAAGUCGAAAGAAAAUCUAAUUUUCCUUUUGUUCAUCUUUAUCUUUAUGUUAUAAUUUAAUAAUAAGAAAACAUAUGUAAUGCCUUACGCCUAGCUAUUUAAUUUUGGACUUUUUCAAUAUGAAUGGAAUAUGUUUUCACAUAAUUUAGCGUUGAAUGUCACUGCAAAUUUAAUUUAAAACAAGUGUAAUGCAACACUAUAUUGUGCAUGAACACAUCCUCUUUUUUUUAUCGAGCUUAUGCUGAUUCACAUUUGAUUAGGUAAUUAGUCAGAAUUUUAUCUAGUUCAGUUGAAUUGAAGAAAUAAUUUCUCGAGAAACACAACACUAUCAAAAUAAAAACAUUUUCGAAAAAUACACUAUCAAAUUAAUUUUCAAGAUAUUUUUCUUCCAAGCUUAUUAAAAAAUAUAAAAUUGUAUAUUACAUAUAGUAUAUUUUUUCCAUUUUUACGUGAAUAAAAUUAAAAUACAUAAUAAAAUGUUACGAAAAUAAUUAAAAUAUAUGAUAAAAUAUUAACUUGAACAUGAAUGGGCAGAUAUCUACUAAAUUCAAAUUUCUUACUCAUAUUUUAUGCAUGCACUAGCUUUGAUCCUUUUUAAAUACAAAUAUUAAAAUAUAAAAUAAAUGACACGUCGUAAUAUUAUUGGUAAAAGUUGCAAAAUUAUCGGUUAUAACUGGUAAAUUAAUAUUUAAACUAUUGAAAUAAAAAUAAAUGUAUUAACAGGAAUGGAUUAUAAAAAAUGGAAUUGUUUCAUUCCAUU